AUGGCGAUGUCUUGUUUUCUUUUCUUUCUUCUGGUAACAUUGUUUCCUUUGACUGAUGCAGUAAGUGGAAUUAUUAAUCGUCAUGAAUACAAUUUUACAACUACCUAUGCUGGCAAUACAACAUCUGUUAUAUUAAUUAAUAAUCAAUAUCCAGGACCAACAAUUAGAGUUAAUGUUGGCGAUAUAAUAAUUGUUCAUAUUCAUAAUGCUCUUCAAUCCAUGGAAGAUGUUACUAUUCAUUUUCAUGGUAUUCUUCAAAAACAAACAUCACAAAUGGAUGGCGUAGGAUUUGUAACACAAAUGCCAAUUUCACAUGGACAAACAUUUACAUAUGCUUUUUAUGCAUAUCCAGCUGGUACUCAUAUAUAUCAUUCACAUGUAGGAUUACAAGCUGUUACAGCAUUUGGUGCAGUAAUUAUUGAUGAUCCACAAAGACCAUGGGAAGCAGUAGAAAUACCAUCAGGUCCAAUAAUGUUUUCUGAUCAUUGGGAAGGAGUUGAUCGUCUUGCACAAGAAGCAGGCUUACUUCAAUCACCAUUUAAAUGGGAAGGAGAACCAACAAAUCUGUUUAUGAAUGGUCAACGAAAUUACGUAUUGACUGUAGAACCAAAUGCAUUCUAUUUAUUACGGUUAAUUGGUGCAACAAGUUUAUCUACGAUUGUGUUUGGUAUAGCUGAACAUACCAUGACUGUUGUUGAAGUAGAUGGCAAGCUCAUAGUACCAAAACCUAAUAUGACAUCGAUUGAAAUUGCUUCUGGACAACGAUAUGCAGUAAUGAUUGAAACAAAAAAUCAAUAUACUGGUGUUUUUGCUAUGCAAGCAUCAAUUCGAUGGCGAGUAGCAGCAGCCAAUUCUAGUUGCAUUGGUAUCUUAAGAUAUGGUUUACAAUCUUCAAUUCCUUCGAAUAUAUCAUCACUUAAUCUUCCAAUAUUAUCUAAUGAAACUGAAUUAUACUUAUUUUCCUAUAACAAAAAUUCUAAUUUCAUCGAUACUGAACAGGAAGUUAAUUUAAUGUCGACAAUUUUAAAAUUUACAUGUUAA